AUGAACCCAGCGAAUGAACCUGCCCGGAGCCUACGGGAGAGCCAGAAGCAGGCCCAGGAGGGAGUAAAGCCCAAGCCCCUAGCGCAGCAGCCGGCCUCGGAGCCCAUGGGAGGGAAGAUGGAGCCAGUAGUAGAGUCUGUGUUCUCUCUUCUCCAGGAGGCUAUGAAAAGUGAUACUGCAGGAUAUCCAGGGGACCACAGUUUGAGUGACAAUGUGGAAGAUGGAGGCAUCCCAGGGAACCUCAAGCAAGAUGCACUGCCUCAGCUACCUGAAGCCCACAGCCCAGACUUGGGGGCAGCCUGUAACAAACCCCCUCACCAAAAUAGAGGCUCCAAGGAACUCGCCCUCUUCACUGACGGUCAGAAACCGCAUGCAGAAGAGAAACCCUACAAGUGUCCAGAAUGCGGGAAGGGCUUUAAGGGAAACUCCAGGCUCCUGAACCACUUGCAAACCCACACAAAUGAAAAAACGUUUGAGUGUGUAGAAUGUGGGAAGAGCUUUAGCAGGAAGGCCAACCUGGUGGUACACCAGAAAAUCCAUGCAGGGGAGAGGCCUUACAAGUGCAAGGAAUGUGAGAAAACCUUUAUCCGUACCUCAAACCUUAUUGCUCACUGCAAAACUCAUGUGAAAAAGAAAGAGUUUUCCUGCACCACGUGCGGGAAAAGCUUCAGUGGAAGCGCAGCUCUCUCCCAGCAUCAGAAAGUCCAUAUGGAUGGAAAGCCCUAUAGAUGUACUGAGUGUGGAAAUAGCUUCUCUCUGUAUGCAAACUUCAUCAAACAUCAACAGAUUCAUUUAAGAGAGACACCCAGUGAACACACAGCAGGUAACUGA